GCUCCGUUCUAUACUACAGUAUUGGAAAAUAAGAGGACCGUGAAUACAACGUGUAUGCUAUUUCAGCCACAAUACUUGCUUUAAACCUUCAAUCCGGAUAUAAACUGUGAUAGAAAUGGUGGUGUAUUAUUGGCAUAUUUAUACAAUGUAACUGCGAUUUUUACAGGAGGUACGCCGAGUUACCUAUGGCAGGAAAUGACGACGACGAGUUCAUAUUUGUCUCCGCCGACAUGUCGGAUCCGCAGGCGGUGCCGACGGCCGACGGCGACCCCCUUAUCAGCUUCAACGAUGACCCCAGAGUUCCAAGUGUUAAAAAGGAUGAUAACUUAGUAGAGUUUGGGGAAUUCACAGGUGCUGAUGUGGAUGAGACACUGAUAGACCCGGAAGUAAGGUCGACCCAGUACGCGUCGGGCCGCUGGUAUAACGAUGACGACUGCAUUCUGGAGGCUGGGUUGCACCAGGAUGACGCUCGGGACGAGUGUGCACUGGAUAGUUGUUCUCAGACAACCAUAAAGAACACUAAGACUGGGAUCAAAAACAAAUUCAGUAUUUUUUCAAAGAAAUUUAAAAAGACGGACAACUCGAACGCCAAAAGUGUCGCAAUUACUCCGGUCACGACUGACAUAAACGGCGUAAACGAGUGUACAUCCGGGUCACCUGAUCCGGAUGAUAGUGACGAUGAUGAAUGUGUGCUGAAAAACGGACCGAAGGUUGUCUUCCAAGACGAAUCAGGAAAGGGUUUUACUGAUCAAGGCCUUAUUCUUGACUUUGAAUUCGUCGGUGCAUCGUUCUCCGACCAGUCUAGUUCAUAAGAUUAUGCACCCUUGUCUUUCAAAAAAUAAAUAUUGUAUGUACUUA